CUGAAAUCAGAUUUAGACAAGCAGGAUGGCAACCUAAAAUACAUUUUGACUGGGGAGGGAGCUGGAAGCAUUUUUUUCAUUAAUGAAAGUACUGGCAAAAUUUAUGUGACACAAAAGCUGGAUCGAGAAGAGAAGCCGUUCUACACUCUAAGAGCACAAGCAAUUAACAAGAGCACUCAGCUUCCUGUUGAACCUGAAUCAGAAUUUAUUAUCAAGGUUCGAGAUAUCAAUGACCAUGAACCACAGUUCUUGAAUGGACCUUAUGUGGCCACUAUUCCAGAGAUGUCACCUGAAGGUACUUCAGUUAUACAGGUAACAGCUACAGAUGGUGAUGAUCCUUCUCAUGGGAAUAGUGCCCGUCUGCUUUAUAGUCUCAUUCAGGGCCAGCCUUAUUUCUCUGUGGAACCAAAGACAGGGGUCAUCAGAAUGGCUUCCCAGAUGGAUAGAGAAACAAAAGAUCAGUAUUUGGUCAUCAUCCAAGCCAAAGAUAUGGUUGGGCAACCAGGGGCAUUGUCAGCAACAGCCACUGUUACCAUCAACCUCUCUGACAUAAAUGACAAUCCACCUAAAUUUCAACAGCGACUCUACUAUAUGAGUAUCUCUGAAGAGGCUCCUGUGGGUGCUACUGUAGGCAAAGUCUUCGCAGAAGACAGUGACAUAGGGGAGAAUGCAGCCAUGGAUUAUUUCAUUGAAGGAGAUAACUCAGAUGUUUUUGACAUCAUUACGAACAAUGAGACUCAAGAAGGAAUUAUCUUAUUAAAAAAGAGAGUGGAUUAUGAGAACAAGAGGAGGUAUAGUAUUCAAGCAAAAGUUGUCAACAGGUACAUUGAUGACCGUUUUCUGCAAGAAGGACCGUUUGAAGACAAAACCAUUGUCAAAAUCAAUGUGGAAGAUGCUGAUGAGCCUCCAGUUUUCACUUUGGAGAACUAUGUGAUGGAGAUUGUUGAAGGGUCUAUGAAUGGCUCACUGGUGGGUGUUGUAACUGCUAGAGAUCCAGACAGUGAUCACAGCCCAGUCAG